UGAAUGACAUCAGGCGGUUCCGUCGCCUACGCAAGUGGUGCGCCAGGUUUCUGAGGGUGGCAUGGAGCUGAGCCCCAGCGCCGUGAGCCAAGACCAGCUGCAGAUGGCCAGAGCCCGGGUCCACGAGAGUGAGGCCAAGUGGCACAAUGACCUGACCAAGUGGAAGCUCCGGCGGCACAGGUCUAACUGUGACCUGCGGAGGAAGAUGCAGGAGAGGGACAACAUCGUCCUGAUGGCCAACGCAGGGGUCAGUACAGUCGGGACGUUCAAUAGUCUGCAAGAGGACAGGGAAGAGGAUGAGUCCCUGUGCAGCAAUGGCCACAAGGUCUCUCCGUCCACCGCGUUCAAGGAGGGGUCCCUGGAGCUCCGACCCCACACCAGAGCCCCCACCUCGGUAAGUGAGGGUUCCCUGGAGCUCCGACCCCACACCAGAGCUCCGCUGGCCCUCAGCUCCUCUGUGGAGUCACCCUACAGCCCCGUAGCGUCGGAACCCUUCACCGCCCCCAGCGUGACCCUCCAGGGACCCGGAGCCGUGCCCCAAUCAGAGCCCCUCGUCCUAGGGGGAGGAAUCACACACUGGUGGAGCCAGACGGAGCUGGAGGAUUGGUCACUUUCCCCAACUCUGCCUCUCCCAUCUCCUCCCAGACCAUCUCUAGCCCAGCUCUCUUCAUCUCCACUGGACGAGACCACAACGUCUCCUUGCUCUCAAACGGGAUCCCGACGACCCUCCCUGGAUCUAGCUCCAGUCUUACUACUGGUACCAGUUCUUCUCUAACUACCUCUGACCCGGUGAACGGUACUGGCUCUAACCUAACCAUCGAUACCGGCCCCUGUGCCUCCAUGGACAUCCCAGACCACGCCCUCCUCUCUACUGUAGAGUCCCUGACCUCGGUGGGAGCCUCGGGUCAUGUCUCAGCUCCCCAGCAGCA